UGAACCAGUUUGACAACUUGGCGUCCAAUCCGCUUGAGACUGGUGGCAAUCCAGGAAACUGCUAUGGUUGAAAGUCCUGUAGGUUUGUCUUUACGGUGAACUGGGUGUUAGCCUGGCAAUCUGUUCUAGGCUCCUUGCUCUAUGCCUGGGAGUUGCUGCUAGACACUUGUAAGAUUCAGCUUCUGGACUACAUCAGGCAGCCAUAGGAAUAUAAUUUUUUUGGGGGCUGGAUGGAAGUGCCCGACGCAGGCUUGGAACAGAUUAAUAGGACAUCUUGGAAUACCGGAACUGUGGAAUUGAAACAUUAUCGGAUCUGGUUCUAGAGUGCAGGAUUUUAAUUUAUUGAACCCUGGUUCCGUGGUACUUGGUACUCUCUGUUGGACUCUCCAUGGACUUGGCUCCAAGCUCCAGGCGGGUGACAUCCUUGCCCAGGCUAUGGCAUAACACCAGGAGAAGUGCGGAAAGGGUCUAACUACAUCAUGUCAAACGGGGGUGGGGUGGUGAGCAGUACCACCCACCUACUUGACUUCCUGGAGGAGCCCAUCCCGGGUGUCGGCACCUACGAUGACUUCCACACCAUCGACUGGGUCCGGGAGAAGUGCAAGGACCGGGAACGCCACCGCAAGAUAAACGCUAAGAAGAAGGAGUCUGCGUGGGAGUUCACCAAGAGCCUGUAUGACGCGUGGUCCGGAUGGCUGGUGGUCACACUGACGGGACUGGCCUCGGGUGCCCUGGCUGGUCUGAUCGACAUUGCUGCUGACUGGCUGAAUGACAUCAAGGAAGGGAUUUGUCUGAAUGCCAUGUGGUUCAACCACGAGCAGUGCUGCUGGGGUUCCAACGAGACCACGUUUGCUGAGCGGGACAAGUGCCCCCAGUGGAAGAGCUGGGCUGGACUGAUUCUGGGCCAAGAAGAGGGUCCUGGUUCCUACAUCAUGAACUACUUCAUGUACAUCUACUGGGCCCUGUCCUUCGCCUUCCUGGCCGUGUUACUGGUCAAGGUGUUUGCCCCCUACGCCUGUGGCUCGGGCAUACCUGAGAUUAAGACCAUCCUAAGUGGGUUCAUUAUUAGAGGAUACUUGGGGAAGUGGACCCUUCUGAUCAAGACGGUGACCCUGGUUCUGGCUGUGGCGUCUGGCCUGAGCCUGGGGAAGGAAGGGCCCUUGGUCCAUGUGGCCUGCUGCUGUGGAAACAUCUUCUCAUACCUGUUCCCCAAGUACAGCAAGAACGAGGCCAAGAAGAGAGAGGUCCUAUCGGCUGCUUCAGCGGCUGGGGUUUCAGUGGCUUUCGGCGCUCCUAUCGGAGGUGUGCUCUUCAGCUUGGAGGAGGUGAGCUACUACUUCCCUCUGAAGACGUUGUGGCGUUCCUUCUUUGCUGCGCUGGUGGCGGCCUUCGUACUCCGCUCGAUCAACCCGUUUGGUAACAGCCGACUGGUCCUGUUCUACGUGGAGUACCACACCCCCUGGUACCUGUUUGAGCUGAUUCCCUUCAUCCUGCUGGGGGUGUUCGGGGGCCUCUGGGGGGCCUUCUUCAUCAAGGCCAACAUCGCGUGGUGCCGGAGGAGGAAGUCGACCCGCUUUGGGAAGUACCCCGUCCUGGAGGUGAUCUUCGUGGCGGCCAUCACGGCCGUGGUGGCGUUCCCCAACCCAUACACGCGGCAGAACACUAGCGAGCUGAUUAAAGAGCUGUUCACCGACUGCGGACCGCUGGAGUCCUCCCAGCUGUGCCAAUACAGGAGUCAGAUGAACGGCAGUAAGGCGUUUGUGGACGCCUCGCCCAACAAGCCGGCGGGGCCUGGGGUGUACGCCGCCAUGUGGCAGCUGUGCCUGGCGCUCAUCUUCAAGAUCAUCAUGACCAUCUUCACUUUCGGACUCAAGGUUCCGGCGGGUCUGUUCAUUCCCAGUAUGGCCAUUGGGGCCAUUGCUGGGCGCAUCGUUGGCAUCGCCGUGGAACAGCUGGCGUACUACCACCACGACUGGUUGGUGUUCAGGGAGUGGUGUGAGGUUGGCACCGACUGCAUCACCCCUGGUCUGUACGCCAUGGUGGGGGCUGCUGCCUGUCUGGGUGGCGUGACGCGGAUGACCGUGUCUCUGGUGGUCAUCGUGUUUGAGCUGACCGGCGGUCUGGAGUACAUCGUGCCCCUCAUGGCCGCCGUCAUGACCAGCAAGUGGGUGGGCGACGCAUUCGGGCGCGAGGGCAUCUACGAGGCACACAUCCGCCUCAAUGGAUACCCCUUCCUGGACGCCAAGGAGGAGUUCACACACACCACGCUGGCACGAGAGGUAAUGCGGCCGCAGCGUAGCGAUCCGCCGUUAGCGGUGCUGACGCAGGACGACCUGACGGUGGAGGAACUUCAAGGGAUUAUCAACGAGACCAGCUACAACGGUUUCCCCGUCAUCGUCUCCAAGGAGUCACAGAGGCUGGUGGGCUUCGCCCUGCGCAGGGACAUCACCAUCGCCAUCGAGAACGCACGGCGGAAGCAGGAGGGCAUCCUGCUGACCUCGCGGGUCUACUUCACGCAGCACGCCCCGACGCUGCCCGCCGACAGCCCGCGGCCUCUCAAGCUGCGCUCCAUCCUGGACAUGAGCCCGUUCACCGUCACCGACCACACGCCCAUGGAGAUCGUGGUGGACAUCUUUCGCAAGCUCGGUCUCCGACAGUGUCUGGUGACGCACAACGGGAAUGUAUUGGGCAUCAUCACUAAGAAGAAUAUAUUAGCGCAUCUGGAGGAGCUCAAGGAACGCACGGAGCCCCUGGCGUCUGCUUGGUAUUAUCACAAAAAAAGACAUCCUACGUCAUAUGGCCCAGAUGGCAAAUCAAGACCCCGACAACAUAAUGUUCAACUAGUCCCCUCCUACCUGGGUCGUCACCACGGCGACGAGGAGGAGAGCGAGGAGGAGGUGAUGCAUCUGCUGGACGGCCGCGGCGCCACGCUAUGACACCCAGCCCCCCACUGAAUCCUCCUUCCCAGGGCAACCCCAGCCCCUCACACUGAACAAGACCGACUGAGCCCUCUGGUGGCCACAGGAAGGUACUGAUGGAAUGACUCUGAAGACAUUAAUGGCUGCUAUGAAAGACGUUUCAUCCCCCAUCUACUACAGGCCGGGGAAUAUAUUAACGCGGAAUGCACUUUUUUUUCUCUGAAAAGCAUCACACACACACACACAUAUAGAAAACACACACAAACGUACACUCAUUCACACAUCCCAGUCGCCACACAAGCAUGCCCACUCAUGCCAGUCAAGACACGGGCACUUUGUCCUCCCUCCCGUUGGCUAGCGGCCCGCCGCUGUGACCCUGACGCCCAUCCGACGAGGUGAGGGGUCGGAAUGAUCUGCAAGGACGCGAGGACGGACCUUCAGACACCUCGAACGCUGGGGGGGCGGUCCGCCAGACUCUGCCCCCACUCGGUCCCUCCCUCCCUACCUCACACUGCCCAGCCCGUCCAUCCUCGAUAGUAUUGUUUACCUGUGAAGUGUGUGUGACAGAGAGACAACAUUAUCACAAGCACCUCGACAUUCCAAUCAGGUUGUCAUAGUAACUUGAAAUGACUGUCCCAACCACCUAACGGCAUCCAACCCACUAUCUUAUCUUAUUGGCUUUCGCUCCACGGGAGAUGUGAGUGUUUGCACUCUGAAUUUCUAUCCAAAGUGAGGACCGGUUUGAGUUUUACACCAUUGAAGUGAGGAACUGUUUGCAUUUUAAAAAAUGUGGGUUAGGUUUAGGGUUAGAAUUAGGGUUAUGUUUGGGCAUUUAGGAUUAAGUAUUGGGGGUUAAUGUCAGGUUAAGUUUAGGCAUACAUGUGUAGGAUAAGGGUUUUACCAAGUCCUCCAUUUAGGAUUAGGGGCUAGGAAUUAGUACGAAAUCUGAGUACGAAAUUUCCGAUCCUCACUUUGAAUGCAACUCCAUCGUGUGCACGUGUGUGUGCGCGGGUGUGGAAUGGAGCUCAACAGGUACAAGCAAAAUGAAGUCAUGUGUGAGGGUGUAGUACCAGAAACAACAUGUCUCUGAUGUAUGUGAAAACAGACAAACAGACGAUCAUCAGCGGAAGUGAUGGGUGUAUGAGCUCUGAAGGUUCACAUGUGCAUCCCCUUUGAUCUGAGCCAGGUGAGUAACGUGGCAUAGAUGUGGGUGCAUGUGUGCCAUAGGUUGAGGAAAGACACCCAGCAACUCAACUCUUCUCCGAGGGUGGAGCUGGGCGGAGUGUGUUUAAAAAAAAAAACUAUUACGUGGAAAAGUUAUUCUGUGUAUUCUGUAACUGGAAAAAAGUUUUUUUUUCAAGCUAUUACUAUUGCUACUACUUUUAGAGUAUUGAUAAUCAAGUAAUAUUUUACAGCUUGUGAUGAAACAAAGUAACGACUGGAAAACGGUACUCAGUUUUUUAAGUGAACAAAAUAAAUGACUAAUAUGAGCAUAAUGAUAAUAUUGAUUAUACUGCACAGUAAACAUGUCUUAAAAUAUUUUACUUUGCUUAUUUAAGCUGUUUCAGAAAGGUAAUGAACUUAUGAAAGGAGCUUAAAACUUUUCUUGCAUAUGUCCUCCAUUGUCAAGAAAAAUAUUUCAUCAAUUAUUUGCAUGUCUGUUAAAACCAAUAUAAAACCUUUUAAAUCCA